AUGGCCAAGCGAAAGUACAUGUCCAAAGUUGACGGCAAGAUAAACGUCGGAGAGAAGCACCAGGCGAAAAUCCCAGACCUCGUGGUGACGGACGAAAAUGGGAACGACGUGGUGAACGCAGAGGUGGAGGAGCAAGUGGGGGGAGACAUCGUGAGUGACGUCCGAACGAAUAAGAGGGCCCGCGUGGAAGACGAGGUGGGUUCUAACGCCGGAGAAGGGGAAGCUAACGCCGGUGAGCAGUUAGAACCCGAAAUUGCAGAUGCACUAGUUGGGUCCAGUCCAAACGGGGAUAGCAACAAUAACAAUGCGGCUGCCUCGAAUGAAGGAGCCGCCGCUGACACUGCCGCUGACGCGAACGAGGCGAACGAGGCGAAUGACGCGACGCAAGACACAAAUGCAGAGGACACUACGGCGAAUGACGUGGCCGAUAAUGCUAACACGUUAAAUGAGGACAACCAGGACGACGCUGGAGCCAGUAACGUGGCGGAGGCCUCUGCUGGAGGGAACUCCAAUGGAGACGACGUGGCCACGCCUGAUGAUAAUGCAGAUUCGGCCAUCACGGAGGAGCCAAACAACGAGACUAAUGGAAGUGCCAACGAGGGCGCGAGUGAAAAUGUUAAUGAGGAGGCCGCGCCGGCGGAGCACACCGAGUGA